UAAGAGUCUGCUCUAGAGAGUAGACAGCGGUGGGGCACCAAGAGCGCGAAGGCCUGGCUAGUGAACUCUGCUCUCGGCCUAGGGCCAGCGGGAGGGUUCAGAACCAAGAAAACAUAUCUUGCGAGUAGGAGUCGGGCUGCUGAAACGUAAAGAUCCUCGGGGGGCGAAGCCCCGGCCUAGGCCCGUGGAGAUGUCCAGCUGCGGCGCUUGUACGUGCGGUGCGGCGGCCGCUCGGCUCAUUACCUCCUCAUUCGCCUCCGCGCAGGGAGGUAUUUCUUGUGGUCGCAUUCAUAUAUCAGUUUUAGGAAGGCUUGGGACCUUUGAAACUCAGAUUCUGCGAAGGGCUCCUCUUAGAAACUUUACAGAAACACCAGCAUACUUUGCCUCAAAAGAUGGGAUAAGUAAAGAUGGUUCUGGUGAUGGAAAUAAGAAAUCAGUGAGUGAGGGAAGCAAUAAGAAGUCAGGCUCUGGGAAUUCUGGGAAAGGUGGAAACCAGCUGCGCUGUCCUAAAUGUGGUGACUUGUGCACGCAUGUAGAGACCUUCGUGUCAUCCACACGUUUUGUCAAGUGUGAAAAAUGUCAUCAUUUUUUUGUUGUGCUAUCUGAAGCAGACUCAAAGAAAAGCAUAAUUAAAGAACCUGAAUCAGCAGCCGAAGCUGUAAAAUUGGCAUUCCAACAGAAACCACCUCCACCCCCCAAGAAGAUUUACAACUACCUCGACAAGUAUGUUGUUGGCCAGUCAUUUGCUAAGAAGGUGCUUUCAGUUGCUGUGUACAAUCAUUAUAAGAGAAUAUAUAAUAAUAUCCCAGCUAAUUUGAGACAGCAAGCAAAAGUUGAGAAGCAGACGUCAUUAACACCUAGAGAGUUAGAAAUAAGAAGACGGGAGGAUGAGUACAGAUUUACAAAAUUGCUUCAGAUUGCUGGAAUUAGCCCACAUGGUAAUGCUUUAGGAGCAUCAAUGCAGCAACAAGUAAAUCAACAGAUACCUCAGGAAAAACGAGGAGGUGAAGUAUUGGAUUCUUCUCGUGAUGACGUAAAACUUGAAAAAAGUAAUAUUUUGCUGCUUGGACCAACUGGGUCAGGUAAAACCCUGCUGGCACAGACUUUAGCUAAAUGCCUUGAUGUCCCUUUUGCUAUCUGUGAUUGUACAACUUUGACUCAGGCUGGAUAUGUAGGUGAAGAUAUUGAGUCUGUGAUUGCCAAACUGCUCCAAGAUGCCAAUUAUAACGUAGAAAAGGCACGACAGGGUUUAUUAAAACUACUAGAAGGCACAAUAGUCAAUGUUCCAGAAAAGAAUUCCUGAAAGCUACGUGGAGAAACAGUACAAGUUGACACAACAAACAUUCUGUUUGUUGCAUCUGGUGCUUUCAAUGGUUUAGGCAGAAUCACAAGCAGGAGGAAAAAUGAAAAGUAUCUUGGAUUUGGAACACCUUCUAAUCUGGGAAAAGGCAGAAGGGCUGCAGCUGCUACAGACCUUGCUAAUCGAAGUGGAGAAUCAAAUACUCAUCAAGACAUUGAAGAAAAAGAUCGGUUAUUACGUCACGUGGAAGCCAGAGAUCUCAUUGAAUUUGGCAUGAUUCCUGAGGUUGUGGGAUGGUUGCCUGUGGUAGUUCCUUUGCAUAGUCUAGAUGAGAAAACACUUAUACAAAUACUGACUGAGCCACGUAAUGCUGUUAUUCCUCAGUACCAGGCCUUAUUCAGCAUGGAUAAGUGUGAGCUGAAUGUUACUGAGGAUGCUUUGAAAGCUAUAGCCAGAUUGGCACUAGAACGAAAAACAGAUGCACGAGGCCUUCGGUCUAUAAUGGAAAAGCUGUUACUAGAACCAAUGUUUGAAGUCCCUAAUUCUGAUAUCAUUUGUGUGGAGGUUGAUAAAGAAGUGGUAGAAGGAAAAAAGGAACCAGGAUACAUUCGGGCUCCAACAAAAGAAUCCUCUGAAGAGGAGUAUGACUCUGGGGUUGAAGAAGAAGGAUGGCCUCGCCAAGCAGAUGCUGCAAACAGCUAAACUGUCAGAUUCCUCUCCUGUAUAGAAAGCUUUCCCUCCUUCUUUUGUUUAGGAUCAUAACUGUCUCUGCCGUCUGAUAUUAAAGGCAUUUGAAUCUGUCUGGCUAUCAUACAUGGUCAGAGAAGCCUUUGGGAUAAGAAUCAGAUCACGUAUAUUAUUGUAACAUCAUUGUAUUGAUUUAUACAGAGGACAUUAGGUAGACUUUAAUGAUACAUUGCUCAGAAAUGUAUGUUAUUUUGGUUCAGUUUUUUAAAAAUAUGCUUUAACAAAAUUCUUAGGAAUUCUUUCAAGCAAUGCAGGUAUUGUAAAAACUGGGUUUUACAAUAA